AUGACCUACUUUGUCGACUGGGCACCCCGGAAUAACAUCAACUUUGCCCUAUUCGACUGCAUCGACUUCGCAUUUGCUCUCCCAGACGCAGAGUUCAAGCUCGUCUUUGAUUCCCCUGAUGCUUCUAACUUACUCCACAACCUCGUAGCGGACGCACAUGCUAUGGGAAAGUUGGUCAAGCUUAGUGUCGGGGGAUGGACAGGCAGUCACUAUUUCUCGCUAGCCGUGUCCACGCCCGCCAAUAGGAACACCUUCGUCAGUAACAUCCUCACUACCUACAACCAAUACAACCUCGAUGGCAUCGACAUCGAUUGGGAGUACCCCGGACAAUCAGGCAGACAAGGCAACACCGAAAGUCCAAGCGAUGAAGAGAACAUGCUCGAGUUUCUCAAGCUUCUUAGGUCGACGCUUCCCCCGAUGGCCAAAAUUUCGGCCGCUGUUCAGGACACCCCUUUCGCUGGCCCUGACGGUCACCCUAUCCAAGACGCGUCUGGUUUCGCAGAGAUAAUUGAUUGGGCCUUGCUCAUGAAUUACGAUGAUUUUCAAGCCGUAACCCCCCCUGGUCCGAACGCGCCCUUGUACGAUGGGUGCGGAAAUUCUACUCAGCCAUCCCAGAAUGCAGUAGCCGGAUACAACGCUUGGACAUCAGCAGGUUUCCCCGCGAACAAAUUAGUUCUUGGUAUCCCAGCAUACGGCUACGUAAGCAACAUCGGUAUAGAUCACCUUCGACAACGCCGCUCCCCCGAAGCCCCACGUCUGCACCGCCUCGCCAGGCGCACGACGGUUAAUUCUGACGACGACCAUCAAAUCCAGUUCCGAGAUCUCGUGACCAAGGGCGUCCUACAACGCAAUAAUGACGGAACGUAUGCCGCCGUGCCUUCAAGCGGCUUCCAGCGUUCCUGGGACCAAUGCUCCGCGACGCCUUUCUUGCAUUCAGACGCGCAGACUAUUCCGUAUGACGAUCCUGAAUCUCUCGCUAUGAAAGGCGCAUUUGCGAAGAAGACGGGUAUGCUUGGCGUCAAUAUGUUUGAUGUGCAUGGGGAAACAGACCAGUGGGAUCUCAUUACGGCGACGCGGAAUGGGCUUCUUGGUCCAGCCUCCGUUUUGACAUCUUCCUCGAGUUCGCCGUCUGUACUGUCAAUGCCCGGGGAUCAGCAGGCGCUAGGAGGACCCUUUGCGUGA